UGUUCCGGCGCCAGGAGGAGCCGCGCGCUGUUAGUGCUGGUGUUGCUGGUGCUGCCGCCGCUGCUGCCGUCAGUCACUCCGCGUUCGGUUCUUCGGCACCCGGUUCGCUCGGACCCAUCGCCGCUUCUAGACUUUGCUGCGGGCUCGGAUCUUGCCGGGAAAAUGUCUGAUGAAUUUUCGUUGGCAGAUGCACUACCUGAACACUCCCCUGCCAAAACCUCUGCUGUGAGCAAUACAAAACCUGGCCAACCUCAAGGCUGGCCAAGUUCCAACCCUUGGAAUAACCCAAGUGCUCCACCUUCUGUGCCAUCUGGACUCCCACCAAGUGCAACACCCUCCACUGUGCCUUUUGGACCAGCACCAACAGGAAUGUAUCCCUCUGUGCCUCCCACCGGACCACCUCCAGGACCCCCAGCACCCUUUCCUCCUUCUGGACCAUCAUGUCCCCCACCUGGUGGUCCGUAUCCAGCCCCAACUGUGCCAGGCCCUGGCCCCACGGGGCCAUAUCCUACACCAAAUAUGCCCUUUCCAGAGCUUCCAAGACCAUAUGGGGCACCCACAGAUCCAGCUGCUGCUGGUCCUUUAGGUCCAUGGGGAUCCAUGUCUUCUGGACCUUGGGCACCUGGAAUGGGAGGGCAGUAUCCUACCCCUAACAUGCCAUAUCCAUCUCCAGGGCCAUAUCCUGCGCCCCCUCCCCAAGCCCCAGGGGCAGCGCCACCUGUUCCAUGGGGCGCCGUCCCGCCAGGAGCCUGGGGACCACCAGCACCGUAUGCUGCCCCUGCAGGAUCAUAUCCCACACCAGGACUCUAUCCCACUCCCAGCAAUCCUUUUCAAGUGCCUUCAGGACCUUCUGGUGCUCCACCGAUGCCUGGUGGCCCCCAUUCUUACCAUUAAGUUAAUGGACGAAGAGAUGACGCUUUGCUUUUUGAAGUACAUGUAUAUGCACACGAGUAUGCAUAUAUAAAAAUUGCUGGUUUCACUAUUCUUAGAGGGCAUUCAUGAAAGAACAACUCUUGCACCUCUCAGAGAAGAUAUCUGCCUCUUGUACUUGGAUGUAUAGUACGUCUGAUGGAUACAGUCAGAUAAAAAUGUAAAAGUAAAUCAUUCAAAUGUGAUUUUUAUUCGGUUUUUAUGGAACGUUAAAGUGAUGAAGUAUAUUGCAUAGCUCUUUGAUACAAUUUGUUUAAAACAAGAUUUCAAUUUGUUUAAAUUAUGAAACCACACACUUAAAAAUCCAAGAUGAUGUGGAUUAUUGUUAGAAUCUGCAACCUCAUUGGCAAAUUAUUUCAAGUAUUUUUCUAUAAUCACUUUUUCCCUAAAUAAACACACUUUGAAAACAAUCACAUUGUCAUAAUUUAAACAAAUGUUGCCUCUCAACAUCUUGAACUGUUCUUUCUAUAGAAUAAAUAAACCUGGUCCUCUUGAGGUUGUAGUUUGGAUAUAUAUUUUAAAGCUAUUGGUAAUUAUUGUCAGAUGUUGAGUUCAUUAGCUUGGCAGUGCUCAUUUUUAUCCUUGAGCUUUUAGUAAAAACUUUUCUUCGAUUUUGAGUUCUACCUGAUCUUUAUUUUUAGCCAGAUGGGUCACACAGCUCUAAAAUCUGCCAUUUAUGAAAACUUUUUUAUUUUUAAUGCAGGCCAACAUGUGUGUAAAUUAUUAUUAGAGAAUUGGUCAUCUCUGUAUUGCUUUGGAAUAGAUUUUGAGAUGUCAGUAUUGCUUUGGGAAGAACUCGAAGAAGGAAAUAAUUCUCUCCUUUGUCUUAAACCUCAAGCCAGAGGAAACCCUGGAAAUUGCUUCAUAGUGACAAGUAACUUGCAUUCCCACAGAACACUCUUCCACUCAGACCCUUUCUUAUAGGUCCCUCUGCCUCAGUUCUUUAGAAGGAGCACAUCCUUCAGUUUUUCCCUGAUACGGAAAACUGGCACACUCUAGGAGUCUAUUGUAAACACAUAUAGCAGUUAAGUUUCAAGAACCUUAGUCAUUUAGACAUGACUCUUUGUACAAGUGCGAUCAAAAUGUGUAUGUGUCUUUCAGAGUCUGGUUAAGCUGUGUCAUUGUCUUUUGCAUAGUUUCCUGCAUCUUUUGUAAAGUGCUUAUGGCUAACAGUUUAGUUCUGUGUUUGUUGACAGGUAAAUAGGUAGGAUUGAGUGCCAUCCUUAAAAAUUAUUCUCUAGCUCUAAUACUGAAACUAAUAAU